ACCCGUGAAGAAAUGAAAUGAACGAGCGAAUGAAGUCUUGCUCCCAGUCUUUUCCGCGUAGUCAUUGAAAUCAAUGAUGGCGGCCCACUUUCCACUUACCCUAUGUUCGUGGGCUCAAACAAAGAAAAGUUACUAUGCCAACUUGAAAGCAGGAUUUUCUUUAUUAUCAAGUAAUAACCUCUGUUAAUUGAGCCCUUGAACUGAGGCAGAUCCAAUUAGCAAAUGUUAGGGAGCAGUCAUUAGCUACAGGUACCUGUGCAGAAGCCAUUCAAGACCUUACUUAGGCGAAUAAAUAUUUGAUAGUAGCGAUUUAAAGCCUUAAAGAAAACUGUCACAUUAGCAUGGUAUACAUGUCAAAUAAUUUGACUUGGAAAAUAUUAAGGGCAUCGUCUUGUUGCAGGUAGUUUGUUCGGAUGGUAACUCACGACUACGAUUUGAGGUUGCAGAGGCGAGCGUUAAGUUUGAGUUCACCUUAAUGCGCGUACAUCACUUUAUUGCUGCAUACAAUCUUUUGCGUGGAACUCUCAUUAAGUUUCUCUAGUUGUGGAGGAGUGUCAAAACCAGACAACAAAUGGGCGAAAGUUAUUGAGGAUAGAGUGUUUACUUAGAACGCAUCUGAAAAGCAAGUACUCUUGUUUAAUCUAGUGGAAGGUAAAUAGCUUCUAGGAGAAAGAAAUUCCCACUGGGUUUACCGUACGCUUCAAAGGUUCAAGCAAUUGUAACCGACAUUGCUGCGCGCUGCAAGAUACACAAACAAACGCAGUCUUUCCCGGCAGUUAUAGUUUGUUAUCAUAUUCACCUAACACACAGAAGCUAUGGAAACCACUGAGAACGAUUCAAACUCAAACACGAAUAGCACAAGUUCUGACAUUGUUGCGUGUUCUAUUUGCUUGGAAAGCGUUUGCCAACUACGAGCGAGCACCCACCAAAAAUGCGCCACAGCCUUCUGCGAUUCGUGCCUUGGCGCCUACAUACGUUUAGAAAUAACGCAAGGAAAAUGGAAAGUGGAAUGCGCGAAUUGCAGCUCAUUGCUUGCAAAAGAGAUGAUUCAUAAGUUCUUAGAGGAAUACCCUUUACUUCAAGAGCAUUUCUCUCGUCUAGUAGCUGAUGCGAAUCAAGAUCCUCUCGUUAAAACGUGUCCAAACUGCGACGGAAGAAAACGGGUCAAAAAUCAUAAAACAAAACGAGUGGUGUGUGAUAAGUGUCAUUUCGACUGGUGUUUUUCAUGCCACGCUCCGUGGCAUAAAUCAAUGAGCUGCAAAGACUUUAAAAAAGGAAACAAGAUGUUUAAAAAAUGGACAAAAGACACCACCGAAUGCGGCGCGGGUAUCAACGCACGUCCUUGCCCGAAGUGCAAAGUUUUUAUACAGAGACAAGACGGGUGCGAUCAGAUGACUUGCCCCAGGUGUCGUACCACCUUUUGCUAUCUUUGCGGAAAGAGGAUCGUUCAUAGUAAAUUGUUUGGUAGCCACUGGAGUAUUUACAGUGUGUUAGGAUGUAGGUAUAUUUAUAAACCGGAUCGCCCUGUGCAAAGAAAGGUCAUUAGAGGGUUCUUACUUGCUGUAGUGCUAGCAUCGCUGCCAGUUUUUGCCACCAUUUUUGUGGCUUUAUUCCCCGUGUAUGGAGUUUACAAGUUACACAAAUGCACUCGUAAGCAGUAGGCGUUUUCGAUUAAGGUUUGAAUUAAGCUAGCUGUCCAUGUUCAAAAUCAUCUCCUAACUGAAUAAUUUGGAUAUAUCAACAAAGUUGAAAUGGUAAAUUGGCCACCG